AUGGACCGAAAAGAAGACACCAUCUUUUUAUCGUUGCUUAACGGUACCUUAAUGGCGGUAGCUUCAAGAGGCAAAAAGGACGAGGUGGUGUGGGAAAUUCAGUUGAAUUCUUCUGCCAUAGCUUUGGCGCUGAAAGAAAACGUGUUGUACGCGGGGACGACAAAUGGAGUCAUUACCGUGAUUGAGAUGAUUCCCCAAGACAUGCCUUUUAUCUCAGAUAGGUACAGUGUUCAGGUGGUGCAUGCGCCGAUACAAUUCAUCGUGCUGCCAACCAACAGGACAAUCUGGUGCGCUGCUGGUCAGUGCAUAACAGUUCUGCACUCCAGUACGCUGGACACGAUACGUAUCAUCAUGCUGACCCGAAGCGUCGAUGAAACGAUCGAUUUAGCUUUCAUGCCCCGGACCACUCUUAUGACCGCGUCCAUACAUGGUGUUUGGAUAGCGGACAAAACCUCAAGCGUUUUGGACCUAAUCGACGCCGAGACUUACUCACUAAAGCUGCGCUUUGACAUUGCUUUCAUAAUGAAAGGGGUUCAGACGAACAAAUCUGAACGGCUGAAGAUAACUUGCAUAACACAAGCGCAAAAAAUGUUGUGGGUGGGAACCGAAGAUGGCCAUUUGUUGGUGUUUAGAAUCACCGAAGAGACUGACAGCGCAACGCCCACGUGCCGCGGAAACCACUCUUGCAGCUCUUUGCAGAACUUCCAAUUACUGCAGGACCACCGGUUAUUGCAAGGCCCGGUCGAUUGUGACAUACGAAAUCCAGUGUUUGUUCAUUUUGAUUCCGGGUGCUCAGAAGGCAACACGACAGUAUCUCAGGAAGGAACUUUGCCUGUCGAAAUAGACGCCACAGGGAGGCUUUCUGAGUGGUUUUCUUCUCCGCCGGAAAUUGUGUUAGAGAAGUGUGUGCCAGAUUCGCUUACUCACAAGGAAGCAUCAGUGAUGGACAUGCGCACUGACCUUCUUACGGAUGACAUGGAAAGCGGAGUAAGCAGCGGCUUGUGUAACUUGGAUUACGACGACUACGUGCUUCUCUACGAAAGCCACAGAAGCAUAUUUUCAUCAGGUAUCUCACACAACCGCUGUGGAGACGUGCCGUGGCCGAUUCGAGAUGUCGAAGCUUUGACAACGACGCCGAUUGGCCGCUCCCUAAGUUACGCAGGAGCCUUGACUGAACUACACGAUGACCAGAGUUCUAAUCAGCCGGCUGCGAGUUUCAACCAG